AUGGAUUAAACUAAAGUCAAGAAAUCUGGAGGAUUCGAAUCCAUGGGAUUAAUCCCAGAGCUUUAUAGAGCUAUCAAGAGUCAGGGAUUCAAUGUUCCCACACCAAUCUAAAGAAAAGCAAUACCAUAAAUAUUGGCAGGACGUGACAUUGUGGCUUGCUCAAAAACAGGAUCUGGUAAAACAGCCGCCUUUCUGAUUCCCCUUAUUAAUAAGUUACAGAACCACAGCACAGUAGUUGGUAUUAGGGGAUUAAUUCUCCUCCCAACAAGAGAAUUGGCAUUGCAAAUUGCAUCAGUGUUAAAAGCCUUAUUAAAGUUCUCAGAUAUCCAAUACUCCAUAAUGGUUGGAGGUCAUGGUUUUGAAGGUUAAUUUGAGAGUUUGGCUUCAAAUCCUGACAUUUUAAUUUGUACUCCUGGAAGAGUGUUGCAACAUCUAUUGGAAGAUAGAUUGAAGUUAUCAAGAGUCUAAAUGGUAGUUUAUGACGAGGCUGAUUUUCUAUUUGAAAUGGGUUUGGCAGAUCAACUAAAAUAAAUCUUAACCCAUCUUCCUUCUUAAAAACAAUCAUUGAUGUUUUCUGCCACCAUUCCAGAGUAACUCAGUAUGUUCGCAUCUGUUGGACUAAAGGAUUACAUAUUUUGUAAAUUAGACAAAGAGUUUCAAUUGCCAGAUUCAAUGCAAUUGCAUUUUUUAUUUGCAGCUAAUGACCAAUAAGUUGAGUGCUCUCAUCUAUUUGAUUAGAUAACUCUAGGAUGA